AUGAGUGAUUAUCAACCUGGUACCUCUUGGGAUACGAAACAAUCAAACGAGAUACUUUUGCGAGCGCAACCAAAACGUGUUUUGUUGCACGAAUCGGAUAUUCUUGAAGCUUUAGGAAACUCUGAUGAGGAUGAUUUUGUGGGAAAUGAUGAAGACGAAGAUUUUUUAUUGGGUGAUGAUGACGGAGACAGCUCAACCCUGGAGUCGGAAGAAGAUGAAGAAGGAGUUAUAUCACCGCUACCACCUAGUGAAAUUCGAUUUUCAUCUGCAGAAAGGGAGGAGUUGAAUGAAACGAUUGAAGAGUCAGCUAUGCCACAUGAGUCUCCUGAACCUGCCACCGAAGGAUCAACCUCACACUGGAGUACUUCUUGCUCGUCUAUGAAACAAAUACCAUUCGUUCGAGAGUCAAAGCUGCAUGUAGAACCGCCAUCACAUCCAAUAGAUUAUUUUUGUUUAUUUUUCAAUGAAGAAUAUUUGAGAAUGAUCGUGGAGUGCACAAACAGAUACGCCGAAUGUAUGAAAAGCUCCAGUAAAUAUCGUCAUGCACAUAUUUCAAGAUGGAAAGAGUUGACCUUGAAGAGUUCAAAACAAUUCUGGGCCCUCUGUUACAUACUGGCACUGCAAAAAUGA